AUGUCCAUUUUUUUCACUUCUUCUUCAAUCAUUCUUCUCCGAUCAUCUUCCACCACCACUGCAGUGCCGCUACAUAUUCCGGUCAAUUCUUUUUUAUAUCCCACCACCAGUUCUGGUUUAUGGCCCUCCUGGAAAGAAGUUACAUCCACUUCACUUAUCCAAUGCAAAGCUGUAUCCAAACCUCGUACCCAAGGAUACAUAGAUGUGCUUCAAAAUGGUUUGCCAGUGAUAAAAUGGCCUGAAAUUCUGGAGGAUGAAACAGAAAUAGAUACUCUAAAGGAGACAACAACAGAGGAAAGGAUAGUGGAACUUGUGGAAUCAAUACGAUGGAUGUUGUGUUCAAUGGAAGAUGGAGAAAUAAGUGUAUCGGCUUACGACACGGCUUGGGUGGCUCUGGUGGAAGAUAUUGGUGGAAGUGGUGCACCCCAAUUCCCCAGCAGUCUUGAUUGGAUUGUGAACCACCAACUCGAUGAUGGCUCAUGGGGUGACAUGGCCACCUUUACGGCUCAUGACAGGAUAAUUAACACAUUAGCAUGUGUUGUUGCAUUGAGAUCAUGGAACAUGCACCCUGACAAAAGUGAAAAAGGAUACAUGGAUGUGCUUCAAAAUGGUUUGCCGGUGAUAAAAUGGCCAGAAAUUCUGGAGGAUGAAACAGAAAAAGAUACUCUAAAGGUGGUUAAUUUUCUUUUUGCUUGGGUUAAGGUUUAG